CUAAUACUAUGCUGUACUUUUAGAUAAUUUUAUUAAUUGAUCAAACUUUGAAGAUUUCAGAAACAACAAGUGAUAUUCUAUCAAAAAAAACGCAUUUACAACAAUUUAUGAAAACACAUUGUAGGCAGCGCCAAUAUGUUUUUCAGAUAAAAAAAUGCGGGCAGUCAUCAUGCACUAUUUGUAAAUCUGUCCAGCUUCCGCAUGAUGUCUUUGACUCACUUGAUUGGCUACCAGAUCCUAUUCCUUCUACAGUUGAUAAAGACCAUUAUGCUAAAUUUCAAACAGUGUAUCAAUCAGAAACUACAGAACAGCAUCGUCCAACACUUAUAACAACAAUUGCAAAUAGUGAACGAGCAUCAUCAUCUAUUUUAGUAAAUACACGUGUUCGUGAAUUUAUUCAAUGCUUUCAAUGUGGGAGAAUGCGUUGUCUUUAUAGUGAACGCGCAUUAUCAGCAGAAGAUAAAAUAGCAUGUCAAAUCGCCAUAGAUAAUUGGGAUUAUAGUUGUGGAUCUCCAUUGGUACCAGAGGAUCAUAUUUUAUAUAACAAAGUUUUUGUACGGGAAAAAAUUAGUUGCGAAACACCAAUGGAAUUGGCAUAUUAUUCAUGCAGAAAAUCUAAUGUUAAUUGUGAUGUUUGUUAUUGGUGUGGACAUGAUAAUGAAUUGGCAGUACCUUCGGAAAGCCUUAAAUCAAAAUACAAAUCUUUAUACCCAUGUUGCAAUUUAUGUCGAAAUGCAGGGAAGGAUAUAUUUGUACGUGGUGAAAUAAAAACUAAUACAAGAGCUGCCAAAAGACGCAAGAUUAAUAAUUAAAUAAAUAAUAAAUAAGGUUGAUAAAUUGCUCAAAACAUUACUAUAUGAUUAUACAGCAUUUUUCUAUUAUUUUAUAAUUGAUCGUAAUUAUCACGUGACUUAUAUAUUUUUGUAUGUUGUUAAAUUGCACCCCCCCCCUCUAAUUAAGUCUAAUCUUGUUAUGUUAAACAAUAUAUCAGAUUUGUG